AUGUCUAUUUACCAAGAUAUUAUCACCGCUCAAGUUGACAGAGGACAAUUCGGUGGAAAGAAAGGACCAUUGGGAUUCUUAUCAUCAAAGAACUUGAAAAAGUCAAAAAAGAGCAGCAAUCACAACUACAAUUCAUCAAAAUAUGAAUCCCGUACUUGGAUUAAGUUUGAGUUCCUGACUGGAACUGUUGCAGAAGCGACAGAUUCAAAUGGUUUUUCUGAUGCGUUUAUCAAGAUCGGUAUAAACAAGCCAGGAAUCUUUGAAAAGAAGUUCCUUUUGGAGACACCAGUCAAGAAGAAGACUUUGACUCCAGAUUGGGAGGGUUGGUCAUCCACUCAUGACAUCAUCAUUGAGAUGUGGGAUGAAGAUCCUUUUAGAAAUGAUUUCAUUGGUAGAACUACCCUUGAUCUCUCCAAGGAUAUCUAUCCCACCAUCACCAAUCUUCCAAAGGAACUCAAGUUGGACUUGUUUGCCAACGAAGGUGAUGCCAAACCAAGUGGAACUUUGAAUUUGAUAAUCACAGUCGUUCCAAAUCCAAAGGGACCUGCUUCAAGCUACAUGUCAAGUAUUUGA